AUUCCUAUGUUAAGAUGGCGGCACAGUGUCGUUGCUACAGUAAAUUUUAAAAUAAGAAAGUCUGAAUGGAAGGUUUGUAAUUCAUUUAUGGCAAUAUUUUUUAGCUUAUCUUUCAACUGCAAUAAUAAAUCACCAUAUAAUUUUAUUUUUUUAAAAAAGCAUAUUCUUUAUUCACUGAUAUAAAUUUUUCUUCAAAUCGAAAAAACUUUAGAAUUUUUAAAGAAUUUUUGAUAAAUUUCUAAACAGAUUUGCAAGUAUCUAUGAGAAAUUGCAAGGAAAUUUGGCUGAGCGGAUCUAAUACGUAAGUUUAUAUUUGUUUAUUAACCUCUCGAGUCAUGGCAGUCUAGCCUAUUGAAUGUCUACAUAAAACCGUUACAGACUGCCUUCCAAUGUUGAAUUUUGAUUAUAGUAAGAUUUCAACUUCAAAUUAUUUCAGUAACCUACUUAACAAAGAAAAUAGUUAGAAGAUUUUUUUCAAUAACUAAAGAAUAUCAUAAGCAAUGUUAUACUAUCUCCUAUGAAACUUACUUAACCGUUAUUAACACUUGUCAUUCUCAUUCUUCUCUAAUUUUUGCCCUCUCAGAUUGACCUUAUUACAAUUCUUCGACGAAUUGCUUGAAAGCUUGAAUCUAACAACGAAAACAAAAUAGCAAAACAAAACAAUGAAUCCCGUUCAGAUAACUGCUAAUAACUUUCAAGUACGACCCCAUGUACAUUUAAUGGAAUAUCCUGAGAAUCAGGGAAGUUUGUUGAAUCCUGAUCCCAUUAUUACUGAUGAUAAUCAAUUGAUGAUGAUUCAAUAUCUUUCUCCAAGGAGACUGAGAGAUCUUACUGGAAAGGACGAUCUUGAAGAUAUAAUCAGUUUUGAAGCUAAGGUUGAUUCCAGAGAGGGGAGUCUGGGUAAUUUCGGUGCCCACCUUCCAAACUUACAGUAUUUACACCUGAAUGAUAGCCAUGUGGAACAGAUUCGGGAUUUAGGCUCCUCAUUAAAUAAUGUGAAGGUGCUAUGGAUGAAUAGAAGUUGGCUUUGGGAUGUCGACGGCGUUUCAACAAUGAUAAAUAUUACCGAAAUGUAUCUUGCUUAUAAUGAAAUAAGCGAAUUAGGACCUUUUAGUAUGUUGGAAAAUCUCAACCUUUUAGAUUUGGAAGGCAAUAACGUUGAUUGUUUGUAUCAAGUGGAGCAUUUAGGAAUAUGCCCAAAUUUAGAAACACUCACUUUGGAUAACAACCCGGUUUGUAAAGAGCCAGCACCAAAUGAAAAAUCAGUCAAUUACGAUUAUCGCGCUAGAAUUAUCCAAUGUAUAACUCAAUUAAAAGUAUUAGAUGGCAAAAGCUUAAAAGACUAUCCUUCGAGUAAAAAUGUGCCAACAAACGUGUUUGAAGCUGAUUGGGAAUAUAUUAAUCAAUUAAAGGAAGAAGGAUUUACAUCCGAAGAAUCCGAAAGUAAUUUAACAGAUACUUCAAGACCUUCCUCCUCUCUACCAAGUUCUGGUCGUUUAAAUACGUCAUAUAGGCCUGGAUCUGCACUGAAACCGUCCACUCCUCAAACCCGUCCAAAGACUGCUAGUCGGCCUUCGACGGCUUCCCGUUUCGAUUUAGAAGAAGUAGCUGACGAUUAUCAUAGUGAUUUAACAAAGGGAGCUCUAGUUUAUGGAAACUUAUCUACUGCACUUCGCCGUCGAUCUAAGGCUUUGCAAGAUAUGAAGAAGAAGCCUCUAAAUUUCUCUAGUGCCCCCGAAAGAUCUACACCUAAUUCAGAGUCGAAUGCCGAAGCAGAUCAGCUAUCUGAAGAGAUAGACAGUUGGAGAAUAGAGCAUAAAAAGAGAAUGCAAUUGAUUGAGGAAGCCAGUGCUCCUCAGAUACUUCGCAUUGAAGAUAGAGGACUUGAUGAAGAAGCAGAAGUAUUGUCAAGCGAUACUGUUGAAUCUAAUGACGAAGAGUCUAUAGAAGAGCCUAAGCCACCAGUUACUCCGCCUAAAAAUAAUUCCAUCUCCUUUUCAAUACAGUCUCGUCGAAAAUUUAAAUUGCGUCCCCUCCAGACAUCUUCGUCUUUAGAUGGAAAGAAAUCAGUAUUCACCAGUCCGUCCAGUCCGGAAACAAGUACCCUUUCCAGACUAAGACAGAAUUCAAAUAUACCAUCUCUUCCGUCCAAACCAAUUGUUAAAAGACCACCUUCGUCCAAUCAUCUUUGA